AUUAAAGAAAGACGUGAAGGAGGAAGUCAAAGAAAGGGUGGGAGGGGAUGCAGACGUCUCUGAUGGGGAAAUGGCGCAAACAGAAACCGAAGGAGGAGUUCACAAUUGUGCGGUGUGCAAAGUUGAACUGGCUGACUAUGGCUUAAGUCGACCUUUGACCUCCGGUAACUGUGAGCAGUAUGGUGUGCUUGUCUGUGAGUUCCAGGUGGACAUGAGGGUGUGCAGUUCCUGCCGCUGCCGUACAGUGCGCAAACGAUUUACUCACUGCCCAAUCCCAACAUGCCGUACUCCUCGAAAGAGGACCAAGAGACUGAGACCCGUCCCAGCAGUCUGGCAUGAUUUAGCUGCAGAAAUGAAGAGUACCGUCAUGCAAGAACUCCAACUCAAGGAGGACAUCUCUAAAUGCUGCUCUGCAUGUUUUAACCGCAUCCUGCGACGUUUGGGCAGCACAGCUCAAGCAGCGGAAUCAAGCGCCACUUCUGCAGCUCCAGAAGUGGCUUCUGGGCCGGCUGAAAGCACCAGUGAUGGCCAGGACAUAGAUUCAGCAGAAAACUCCAGAUGGACCGAAGAGGAAAUGGACAGAGCUAAGAAAGGUUUGGGCAAACAUGGCAAAGACUGGGCUGCCAUCGCCAUCAUGGUGGAGACCAAAACAGAAGCUCAGUGCAAGAAUUUUUUCUUCAACUACAAGAAAAAGUUGAACCUGGAAGCCAUUGUUGAAGAGUACAAGGAUCGGGGCGGUGAUCGUCGCACAAUAUCAACAUGUGAGAGCAUCACUUCUACAGUGACAGCUGGGUCUGAGGAGGAGGUGUCGUCCAGUGAUGAUGAGAAUGACGAGGAUAACGGUGAUGACAGCGAUACCGCCAGCGCUCCCAGUCCAACCCCUCUGCGGAUAGAAGAAGGAGAUGUGGAGCCCAGUGCUGAACGCAGGGCUCCCUCUGGGGAUACCGAAGGAGAUGGGUCAGGUCCCCUGGUGCCCGCCAGUAACUUGUUGGAGAACAACAAACAGCUGAGUGCUUCCCAGGGCAGCUUGAGGAGCAUCGACAAUGACAGCAGUGCAACCAUGAGUGCGGACGAGGGACCCCCAGGAGGUCCCAACAGCCACAACUCUCACCCUAGCAACAGCAACAGCAGUGGGGGCAGCCAGGGGUCAGCCAGUGGUGGUGGUGUUGGUGGAGGUAACACGUACGCCCCAACACCCAUGGACGUGACACCCAGGCACACGCCGCCUUCCUCAGGUCUAGGAUCCAGAGGGGGGACUCCUCAUGCUCCGGUGGCAUCACAGUUCUCUGCCCCUCGCCAAGGACCCACCCCUACAGCAGCCUCCAGCCUAUCAACAGUCAGGGCCAGUCCAGUCGGGGGACUGACCAGACCCCCAUCUGGAGAAGUGACAGUCAUCAGAGAGGUGCCUCAGUCUGGGAGCAUGAUAAUACACGACCGACUGAUCCCAUAUGGGCCACACAUGCUGCUGGAGCCCGAACACGACACCCGCUUGUCUCCCCGUCCAUCCAGCACUCACUCGGAGGGCGGUGGCAGUCGAAUGGCCAACUCCCCUCACGCGGCACAGAUGGGGGCGGGGGGAAAGCCCGGCAAGCACACCAGCGUGAGAGAUUUGAUCAACUCUGCAAUCGAACGCAACCUCUAUGAUGCUGCACCUCCUUGUGCUACGCCUCCAGACAGAAGGCCACCAAUUAUAGAUCCCAGUCGUUCUCGAGGUCCUGCGCCACAAGAUUUACGAAAAGAAAGAAAAGACCUGCCUCCUCACAUGCCAGAUCCCAGGGGUAUGAUGGGAUACCCAGUAUCCCGGCCAGGAGAUAGAGAGAUGGAAGUACAGGAUCUCUCACGUCGAGCCGACCCUCUAGAAAAGGGGCCUCAUGGGUACAAGGGCAACCCGCGUGACUUUGAAUCACAUCGCUCCCGGCCAGAUAUCUACCAGAGGUCAGCAGCAGAGCCAGCCCGUCAGAUGGUGGCGCCACCUCCCGCGCACUCUCACCACCAUCCAGGUGUGCCGAGUCAUCCAGCAGCCCAGGAUCUGGGCAAGACGUUGCAUCGGCCGGAUAGCCGUAACAAGUCACCAUCCAUGUACCAGGUUGACUCCCGAUCUCUGUCUCCCAGUGUCCGCGGAGCUCCAGGACAGAGUACUUCACCUUAUCCCCACGGCAUGGAGUCAUCAAGGUUCUCCCCAGCCACCCGCAGCAUCCCGCCACCCCCACCGCUCAUAACCAGCAGUGUACAGAGGUCUUCACCCAAGCAGGCCCGCUCCCCACCUUCUGGGGGGCACAUAAUGAUGAUGCGGGGGUCCAUCACCCACGGGACACCGGUAACCCACAACCCGGCAGGCCCCGCUCCUGCUCAUCCAAUGGCAGGCAUGGUCCGCCAGGCGGCCCCCCAGCAGGGCUCCAUCACUAAAGGCACCCCCAUGAGGGAAAUGAACCGUGGACAAGGGGGGCAGGAAGCAUCUGCAAGGAUGCCUCUGGACACAAACUAUAGAAGUACCCACGGAGCAGCCGUCUAUGACAGCGGGCAGUACCGCCAGUCGCAGGCGAUAUAUGCUAAGCAGGGACAGUUCCCUCAGGGAUCACCUUAUGGCCAGUACCAGGGGGAGCAGAACAUCAACUACAGCAGCUCCCGAGCAACGAUCAACAUAGACUACCUGACGGCCCAGCAGAUGCCUCGUGGACAGAAGGGAGAUAGAGAGGAAGGGUUGUCGCCCCGAGGUGGAAGGGAACCUGGACAUUCAGCACCGGUGCCCUCGCAUCCCCAUGCUCCCUCCUCAGCGCCAGCCUCAGCCUGGGGUGGAUCCACGUCAGCACAUGGUCAUUGGCAACCAGGGGACGGUGUUCAUGGUGGCCGGCCAGGCGCCACAGGAUGGACGUGGCAAGGCAUCACCGCACGGUGUGGUCGAGGAAUGCCUGGCCCUCCAAUGCCCACACCUCUGUCACUAGACCCCAUGGCCGGUCAGCGCCCAAGCAUCGUGGCCGGCACCGGACGACCUCCGCACCAUCCUGACCACAAGGCAGAGGUACAGAGUGCCAUAGCCGACAGUACUAGCAUGCAGCAGCAUAGGAGCCAGCUGUCGCCGCGGCAGGCAGAUCCAGGUGGCCGCCAUUCGGGAAUGUUGGGCAUGCCUGCUGACCCCAACCAGUCACGGAGACUGUCGCCUGUCCCAAGAGGCCCCUACAAGGCUGAAGCACCAUAUGACAAGAACCCACUGUCCCGAACAGCCCAGUGGGACCAACAGAUUAAGCAGAGGCAGUAUGAGGUGGAACAACACAACAGACAGGAACAGGAGCGCCGAUUGGCUGAGGCUCGAGCCUCGGCAGCCUCUCAACCUCAUCAGCCACACCCCUCACAAUCAAUGGACCCCCGCUCCUACCCAGGCUCCAGGCCCGACAGCAGGGAGCAUUACCCAAGCGAUAUGCGGGUGGAUCCUCGUCGGCAGGAGAUGUCGUCCUCCCAGGCUGACAACCAGCGUCAGAUGAUGGACGCCGUUCCCCGAGCCCUGAAUGACUCCAACUAUGUGAGGAAGCAAGUCGGGGAUGCUGGUUCGGCCAUCUUGUUGGCAGCCUUUCAGAGGGACUCUGUAGCCAGCUCCCCGCAGGUAUGUCCUCAGCCGAUGCCUGCCAACCAGACAAACCCCUCUAGCAGAAGCUCAAUGACGGCAGACAAACUCAUCAAUGCCAUCAUCAUUCAUCAGAUCAACCAGACCACCAGUGACGAUAGGACGGACCUGGUGAAGGCAACUCCAUCUCCCUUACGCCAGUCCACACCCAGCACAUCGGAGCCCUCGGUGAGCUCUCAGGGUGAGCACAGGUCGCCCGCAGAGUCCAUGGCCUAUUCGAAACCCCCUCAGAGAUACUUUGAUCCGCAGAUUAUGGAUCCUCGCCAGCGACAGAGGAUGGAGUAUGAGCAGCGGAUGGAUAUGGAACAGCGUCAGAGGCAGGAGUUGGAGUAUAGGAGACAACAGGAGGGGGAGCAGAGGCGAAUCAGUGGAGAGAGGGAGUAUCAUAGGCAGCACCAGGAGGGAGCUGACCAGAGGAGAGGUAGUGGGGACUUGGAGCAGCAUAGAAGAGAGAUGGAGAUAGUCAGAAGAAGUGAGUCAGCACAAAGAGAGAUGGAAGCAAGACAACAGGAAUCAGAGAUGGAGCAGAGAAGAUUAGAUAUGGAACAGAAGCAGCGGCAACAGCAGCAACAACAGCAGCAGCAACAGCAGCAACAACAGCAGCAGGAGAUGGCUUACAGGCAACAGCAUCAUCCCAAGAUGAGGUUUAUGGCUGCUGCUGCAGCCCAGGCUCAGGUGGAUCAGAGACAUAUACAGAGAGAACCGACAGAUGGACAGCCAGAUCAUGAAAGCCGAGGAAGACCAGAGAUGGUUGGCCGGGUCAGGAGUCAGGAAGUUGCUGCAGACCCCGCCAAAGUGGAUCAGCGUUUGCGUAUGUCCAGUAGCGACCUUGAACCGCGGGGACAUGGAUCCCAGCAGCCAGGAAGUCAGUCCUCGUCUCCGGGCUCCGCCAGUUCAGCCUCAGGAGGCAACAGUUUGAAGUUCCCGCAGGAGGCGACCAUGACGCUGGGCGACCACAUCGAUGCCAUUAUCAUCAAGGAUUAUGACAGCAGCAAUCCUCAUGCGUCAGGCUUGCAGCUACCUUUAGAUAAGGGACUUGGUUUGAUCUCACGUAUUCAGAACACCAGUGUCAUGAGUUCCAACAGCUCAAGGGACUUCCACGAAGCAAUGGAUGUGCAGCCACAGCAAGGUAGCCCGGCCACCUCUGAGCCUGGCUUGGUGGGUUCGACCUCGGACUCACGGCCCCGCAGUUAUAGUGUUCCCACCAGUCAAGGCCCAUCACCCAACUGGAAGAAAUGGGAUGGAAUGGGAGAGCGACCCACCCACACCACCCCUACACCUGGACAGACGGACUCCAUGUCCCCCUCAUCCUCAUCUUCAGCAUCUUCCAACAUGAGCAUGCCCAAGUCCAGCCACCCAGGGUUCACCCCAUCACACCCCUCUCAGCUGCAGGCCCCAUCUCCGGCUGGUGCUGGGCCAGGAGGCCCCGAUCAGUCGCGUUCUCCUCAACCUGGGCAGCAGCAGCUUCUCUCCUUCCACCCGCGGCACAGCCCCCACAACCCGGCGCAGCAGCAGGGUGGAUCCACUCAUCAUGGACUUCCUGAAGCUGCUUAUCCUCCAGCAGGUAUUCCAACAGUUGACAGUAGUGGUUCUACUCACAACUCUGGUGAGACACCCAGUCAGAGUAUCAGUGGGCUGUCUGCUCUCGACAUGAUGCAGUCCAAAAUAGAGAUGGCAUUUCGAGAUGCCACAAACGAAUCGUCCUCCCACCUUCGUGUCAGUCGAGGAGACAAACCAACAUCUUCGAGUCAGGCUACUUCUUUGCCAUCACCAUUAUCUUCAUCAAGCGGCAAAGGGAUCACCCAGAUGGCUGCCAGUUCCUCGCCUCAAGACCAACAGACUGGACGGUACCCGGGCUCCGCACCACAUGACCAGCACGGAGUCAGUUCAGUUCAUUCUUCAGAUCAAGGAGAUGAUAGUUCAGGAAUGGCUUACCACCGAGGUGGCCCGGCACCAGAAACAUCCAUGGACCCGGCUCUAUCUCCUUCUUCCAGCGUUACUUCCUACGGCAGGAAAAGAGGGAUAGGGCGACCAAGAGUAAGGCAAGAAGAUAUCAUCUCCCCAGUAGCACCAUCCUCCUCUGUUCCUUCACAGUCCAAUGCUAAGUCAUCUGCCUCGUCAGCUUCUGCAUCCCAUCCCAGCAGUUCAUCAUCCAGAGAUCGUCCAUCCCCGAGCUCGGGUCCGCCAGAAAGUUCCGGGAGAAUGGGACAUAAGCCCUCAGGAAGUGACAAGACUGCAAGGUUCUCAGCUUACGAUUUCCCAGACGACAGUCCAGACGAUGAACCCGUUGGACCUUCUCCUAGCUCCUACAUGGCGCUGUCUGCCUCAAGCCGAGGGGCAAGGAAGUGUCCUGUGGAUAGUUCUGAAGGGAAGACUUUCUGGCCUGGACCAGAUACCCAAGGAGCAGGAGAUGAUGGCAAGACAGGAGAGAACGAAGCUCAAGGAUAUGAAACAUUUUCUGCAGGACAGUCAGAGGGGUCAUCCAAACCAAGGUCUCGUUACAGCAGUCGUGUGAAUAGCAUUGAGGCAGACGCUGGAUCUGGGCUGCAUUCUUCUGUUGACAGCACAAGACCUGACAAGUCUGGAGAAGAAGGGGAAGGUGUUGAUAGUUCCACGUCUGCUGACCGCUCCAAGCCACCAAAGCAGCGGGCAGUUGCAAGAUCAGGCGGACUGGACAGUACGUCCCAGAGCGGAUCCAGCGAGGCUCUUUCAGGCUUGGAGCUGGGCCAUAGUUCUGGUGACGCUGGGUCCGACUCUCUGGCUUACGGCCAGCAGUGGAGAUCCUCACGUCCUGGACCGGACUCUGGUAUGAGUGAAGAGGCCAGCAGCAGGUCCAUCUCCAGCUCAGACCACACGGAGAGCCACGGUGGUCCUUCCCCAUCGGUGUCGGGCAGCCUGCCUUACCCUUCCAGCCAGCCAGUUGUGUCUAGCAUGAUGAGGGACCCAGACCAGACCACCUUGUGUUCCAGAGACCAGGAACCGGCACCGCUACUUUCAGCUCAGUACGAGACACUGUCGGACGAUGAUCCCGUUUAA